CCUACAAUGUGCCAAAAUAACGUAUCAUGAUAUUGAGAAUGGCAUAGAUUAACCAAACUUUAAUUUUGUUUCUCUUAUUUGGCUAGUUUUCAUAUAAGUUGGCAGCUCUAUGCCGCACUGUGCCUGCACUUUACACAGAAGUCUUUGUUGCUUUUUGAGAGAGAAAAGAUCGGCCGACUACGGGAUUAAUUUGAUCAACUCCAGUGUGUACGGAGAUAAUAUGCGGGCGUCUGUUAUCACUCGCACUUGUGCCAGUGGAAGUCGCCAGCGAGCAGAACAGCUGCUGCCCAGAAACAAAAGCAAAAAGCGCAGCAGCCGCAGCAGCAGCAGAAGCAGCACCGAACAAUAACAAUAGUCCGAGUCCCAGAUAGAAUCGCAAUCAGCAGAGCUCGAGCGACCCCGCAGAAUUCACAUUGAUUUCGAGAGGAGCAGGAGGCCUACUUAGAACUCGCCCGAAGUACAAUGAACCACUGCUCGUGAGAGGGCAGACCACAGAAGAACACAGAAAACAGGUGACAAAAUGACGGAGCAGCAGCAGCAGCAGGAGCAUCUCUGCCAGUACAUGGCCUUGCUGCCAGCGGAACAACGGAAAGUCUUUAAAGACUUUAUCGACUGCCUCAAUGGCGGCACAGGCACUGCACAUUCCCAUCAGAGUCGCCUGCAGGCGGUACUCCACUCCACGCCAUAUCCCUCGCUGCAAAUACUGCAGCUGCUACGCGACAAAUCAAAGUUGCACAUUGGACAGAUCAUUGCGGCGGUGUUGCAUGAUUUGCUGACAAACGAUAUCACAUCACGUUCCCUUUGUGUGUUGGCAAACUUUCCGUCGAGCAUUUUAGAGGCGGCCACGCUGCGGCAGAAGCUUAUGACGCGUCUUUUGUGUGAUUCAGCUGGGAAUGAGCACUUGCUGCUGGCUCUGCUGGCACGCCAGGACAACGGACAGCUGCUAAAGGAUGUGCUGCACGAGCAACAGCAAGCGAUUCGCGUGCAGUGCAGCGAGGGCGCACCCACGCGGCAACUGGUGCUGUGGCUGGCCCUGGGCCAACGCGAGAACUUUGUGCCCACCCUCUGUCGCCAGUUGAAGGACUUUGAGUGCUUUGCGGACAAAACGCUGAGGAAUACGCUUCUGAUACUCAAGCUGGCAAAUGAAUUUGCACUCGGCCCGCAGACGGUGGAUGAAUUGGGCUACCUGGAUCAGGCUUUGGCUGCCUUCGAUGUGGCUGCCGUGUCAGCGGAGCUGCAGCCCGUGCAUCAGUUUUUCUAUGCGGACUUCCAGCGGCUGUCGGUGUUGCUGCAGUUUCUGCGCACGCGUGAGGUCAGCAAAACGCUGAAAGUGGAGGCGCUGCUGCGUGCGCCGGGCGCGCUGUCGCUGGUGCACGAGCACAGCAUUCGCUGCGACAGCCAGGAGCUGUUCAGGCUCGUGGGGGACACGUACAAGUGGCAGCAGCAAACGCCCGCUCUGAAGUGUCUUUAUCGUGAGGAAAUGGAAACGCUCAGCUACUACACGGCUCUGGGGCAUGUCUACAAUGUGAUAUUGGAUCAGGAUGAAGAGUCCUCCAUCAAGUCCAAGCUGCUGCAGCUCUCCAGUCAGCUGCGGCAGAUCCAUUCUUUGGGCACGCUGUGCGCGCUGCUGGAGGACAUCUUCUUGUUGGUUUUCCUACGCUGGGAGCAGCUGGAGCAGUCCGCGCAGAACAACAAUCAAAACGAUGACGAUGAUGAUGAGCAGUACGUGGACGAUGAGGCACCGCCCCACACAGCGCCACGACAGGCGUCCCAGCGUGUCCAUUACGGCUUCAUCUGCCGCGCACACUCGCUGCAGGCUCUGUUCACAUUCCUCAAGAGUUUUGUCACCAAAAAGCUGCACUCGCAGGACUACAAAUGCGCCGCAGACCAUCAGGCACGCUUUCAGCGCCUGGUGGAUGCCAUUAGCGAGGCGCUCUGGAAGUUUGGCGUGCUGCAAAAGAUUGAGCAAUCGCUGGCCAAGUCGACGCCUUCGCUGAGCUGCCUGCUGGAGCCGGAGCAGCUGCUGCAGCUGGUCCAGCUGCAUAGCAGCGCCAGGGAGAAGGCCUCGAGCGACGAUGAGAGUCGCGAGCGCUGCAAUCAUGCGUUCAGCUUGACGCGACGCAAGGCGCGCAAGCAGCGCAGAGCGAUCAGCUUCAGCGGCACGGUGGACAUGGAGCAGUACAGGGCGCAGCUGCAGAGCGGCUUAGGCAGCAGCAAGCGGGGCGCCUGCACGGAGCGCUCGAUUAUACCCAAAAUGCUGAGCACGCCCGAGCAGCUGGCCAUCAUGGCGCUGGCCCUGAAGAACUUUAAAGAUGUCAAGCAGAUCAUAGAGACCUUCAGCCUGGAGCACAGUCAACUAAAUCGCGAGCUGCAGUUCAUGGAGCAGCAGCAGCUCAUCAAGCAAAAGUUGGCCCACAUUUAUGCCAAUUAUCGCGCGCUGGAGGCCAAGCAGGGCAGCCCCGCGGGCACCACAGUGGAGCAAAUCAAAGGCGUGGCCGCCAAAGGCUUUGAGCUGUCGAAGAUCAUCAGCGUGGUGGAUAAUUUCGCGCAGGCGCAGGCGCAGCGACUGCAACAGAGUCCCGAGCUGAGGAGCCUGCUGCAGCGGCACAGCAGCCACGGGCAGUACGGCUUUCUGCAGCAGUUCGAGGAGCGCAAUCUGAACGCUUUGAUCAUCUGCGAUUUGAUUGUGAAUCUGGGCUUCAAUCGUGAGAUUACGUGCAAUCUGCUGCUGGUUAUACGGCGACAGCAGCAGCAGAAGCAGCCGGAAAGAGCGGAGGAAGGAGCAGUCGCCUCCUCCGAAAUUGGCGCCAUGAAUCUCUUGCAGAACCUGUGCGAAUGCAUGCGCCUGUUGGAGCGUGCUGGCCGCCAGCCCGCACUCAAUGAGCUGCUCUCGCUGCGCUGUCAGCCACUGCGCCCGUCCGCGCUCGCCGUGCAGCUGCAGCGUGAGGCGGCCUUUGGCUUGAUCUACGGCAAGGAGCCCGCGGACUAUGCGCACAACGCAGAGCUGCGUGCUCAGGCUGUGCACUUUCAGCAGCUGCGCUCGCGGCAUAAUUACUUCACGCGCUUCUGCGGCUACAUGGGGCAGCUGGCGCGCCUGCUGCAGCUGCGCGACGCCAACUUGGAGUACCACAACAGCCAGCUGCUGCGGCACGAUCCCUACGAUGUCAUUGGGGAGCUCAUCUACGAGUGCAACGUCACGCCGCUUGAGAUAGAGGCCAAUGUGGCGGCGCUGCAUCUCAAUUUGGUUCAUGUCAUAGCGCUGAAUAUUUGCCCGCAGCUGGGUGAGGGUUUGCGCGGACGCAAGCUGCCGCGCCGCGUGUCGCCACAGAAGCAGGAAUCCAUACACAACUACAUGGCGCAGCAUAAUCAAUUGCUAGCACAACUUUUAAUGGCCGUGCAGCGUGGCCAGAGCCUGCCAGACGUCAGCGAAGGUGGCCUGCAUUUUGCCUGCCUGCUGCAGCUGCAGCAGCUGCCCGAGUUGGAGCUGCUGGCGGCCAUGCACGAGGGCAAUCGCCUGCUGGCUGCGCUGAGUGCUUAUAAGCUGGACAGCCAGCUCUUAGAGCAGCUCGUGGACAGCAAGGAGCUGCUGCUGCAGAUUCUACUCCUGGGUAUCGGAGGGCAGACAGAGUCCCCUGCGCAGCUUAGCAGCCGCAUAGACCAGCUCAUCCUUGACCUCAUCGCCGAGGACUCCCGCCACAUCCAACUGGUGGUGCACAUGCAGCAGCUGGGACAGCGUGCGCGCCUCCUCAAGCUGCACUUCACGAAGAUUCCCAGCAGUCAGCUGGCCAAGGAGCUCAUCGAGCGCACGCUGCAGCAUCGUGAGGCGGCUGCAGCCAUACCCCCCGCGCUGCGCACCCAACUGGAGCACACGCUGUCAGACAUAACCAUAUAUGCGCGCGUCUCGGCGCUGCUGCAAUUUGAGAGCUGGCCGCAGGCGUACGACUUCGGGCGGCAAACGCCGAAUGUGAUCUUUGAGCAGCUGCUGCAGCGACGUCGCUAUGGCCUGUGCCUCGAGUGGUGCCGCGUGGUGUUCCAAACGGGCUCCGAGGGACAGCAGCGCGUGUGUCUGCUCACGCUGCUCGAUGCGCUGCUGGAGCUGCGCGAUGGCGAGCAGUUGGACGUCUGCCUGCUGGGCAUUGUGCAGAUGUUUCCGCCUGCGUCGCUGGUCAACUUUCUGGACACGCACAAGGACAAGUUCCGUUCGCUGGCGCUGCUGCAAUGGAUCAUGGACUACCUCGAGCUGCACGCACGCGAUCCGCGGCCCUACCGCAACUAUCAGCUGUCGCUGGUGCUGCUGGGGGAAAUGGAUUUGCCGGAGCGGCAGUCCUUCUGGCGCCUCCUUCGGCAUCCCCUACUCAUCGUGGAGCAGCUCGUGAUGAAUGCGCGCUUUGAGCUGCUCGCCAAGCUGCUGGCAGCGGCCAGAGCCCGCCUGCAGCGCGAGAAACCCCUCGGACCGUGUCCUUAUUGCUUCGAGAAGCGCGGACAUGUCUACGAUGUGCAGACGACGACCCAGCAGCACGGCAAGCAGCUGCGCUUUCAGCUGGGUCAGGCCACCUCCGAGGCAUUUAUUUUGCUCAACUUUAACUCGUAUCAGCAGGACCAUUUUGUGGGCCAGGAGUGCCUGGAUCUGCUGCUGCGCAUCUACGCCAGCAAAGCGCUGGACUACCGCUCGGUGCCUGCCGCUGCAGCCGCCAAUGAGCAGAGCUCCCUGGGCACCGAUUUGCAGCACUCGUUGGACUCGCUGUGCGGCGCCUUUGUCAUGCCCAAGCAGCCGCCCAGCCGGCAGCAGUGGACGCCCGAUGAGGCGGCCAGCCACUGCAUGUGCUGCCGCCGGGCAGCCUUUACCAUGCUCAUGCGACGCCAUCAUUGUCGUCGUUGUGGGCGGGUUGUGUGCUAUGCCUGCUCCACGCAGCGUUUGCGCAUCCCCGAGCUCUACGCUGAGCUGGAGGUGCGCAUCUGCAAUGAUUGUGGAUCUGCGCUGAGUGCCACAAGCGCUGGAGAGUCGCAUUCGAGCUCUUCGCGAGAGCACAGCAAUGUGUCGGCCACCCCCUCGCUGCUGGACGCGUGCAAGUGGCGACUCAGCGGCAACAUCACGCACGACAAGCUGCUGCGCGAGGAGUUCUCCUACGAGCAUGCGCCCAGCGUGGCCAUGAGUCUGUCCAUCCUGCGACACCAUCAGGAGCAGCGCAGCUGCGUGGACUUGCUGCUCUACCACUGCCGCAAGCUGGAGAAGCUGAUUGUGCCCAAUCCCGAGGUGGACUACGGACUGGUGGCCAAGAUGAUUAAUUGCCUGGCCUUUGCAGCAAAGUUUCGCGGCGCUCCGGGGGAGUUUGAGAACAUUCGCGAGCACUCGGAAAUCAUUAUGGCUGUGGUGCAGCAGGGCUGUGAGGCGCUCAUACCCGUGGGUCCACUCGAUAAUCACAAUUUGCGCAAGCUAGCGGACGCCUUGGUCGAGGCGGAGCACUGGACCUUGGCGCUGGAGGUGCACCUGAAGUGCGGCUUUGCCACGACCGGCGUGAUGGCUGCCCAUGGGCUGGCUUGUCUGCGCGCUGGCUGCUACGAAGCGGCACGCGAAAAGUUUGGCCACUGCAUGACGCGUCUGUCCAAUGAGCAGCUGAACAGCAGCAUUUGCAAGAACAUUUUUGGCCUUGGACCAGCCCAAACGGAGGCCGUGCUGCUGCCCCGCAAGCGACCGCAACGUGGACCACCGCUGCUGCAGGAGAUACUCCAGCUGAUUGAGGCCAUGCCGCAGCUGCAGCCGCAGCCGGAGACGCUGCAUCGUGCCUCGCUUAUACGCAGCUCCAACACCUCGCUGGCUUCGCUCUUUACGCGCCGCCGCGAGCCUUACGUGCAGCAGCGACCGCAGCAGGAGCCAGCGCUAAAUGUGAUGAAUGCGUUGGCGAAUCUAAAGAACAUUGCCAAGGGGCAGUACGGGCAGGGGCAGGGCCAUGCAACAGUCAAUGAGGAGUCCCGCCGCCAGUGUCGCAGCUUCGAGGAAUCCCUUCACUAUGUCCUCACCUACGGCAGCCAGGGCGACAUUCUCUGCUUUCUCAUGCAGCGCGAGGAGCAGCGCGCGGCUCUGCGCUACUGGCAGCAGCAGCAACUGGACACGGAGCUCUUCAUUCAACACAUUUUUCAGCCACAGCUGGCCACGGGCAGUCUGCCCGCUCUGGUGGAGGAGCUGCAACUCCUGGACGAUGCGCAGCUGGGCGCCUGGCGGCUGCCACUGCUGCAAACCUGUCGGCACCUCGAGCAGCAGCAGCAAUUGAAUUCGCUCUACCAGCUGCAGCUGCUGCUCAAGGAUCCCAUACGGGCGAGCAUGACGUGCGUCAAGUUCUAUGCGCUGCAGUGUGAAAACUUCCAAAAACUGCAAGCCAACGCCCAGCACCUGCUGGCGGCACACAUGCAUCUGCAGGGCGAACUGGACCUGGCCGAAUGGGAGCAUCUGCAGCGCCAGCAGCAUCAGGGGCGACGGGCGAGCGUGGUCAGCGCUGGCAGCACCCAUGGCGCCUGCUUUGCCAUGCAAAUGGAUGCACGUGCGCUGAAUGGGCACAUCAAUACGAUACGCAGGCAGCUGGAGGUGGCCAAAUUUCUGUCGCAAUGCGAGCGGGAACAGUCGCCCGAGGAGCAGCCUCUACGCACGCUGCAAAUAUUGAAACAGAUUCGCAACGAAUCCAGUCGCUGCACUUUGCCUACGCUGUUUGAGGGCGCCGCAGACCGAAUUCAGUUGUGCAUUUUGGUGCUGCUCUGCGGCAAGAACAUUGAUGAGGGUUUUGGGCUGGCCUACGGCAUCAUCCAGGACUACAAGCUCUCCGCCAUGAAGGUGUUUGGUGCCACAGCCAAGUAUUUGGCGCGCAAUCAACGCCUCUCCGAGGUGGACCGUCUGCUCGACUGCAUUGGCAGCAAUAAUGGCGGUGCCGUCAGCGCCGAAUCCGAUGAGUUACUCUCCAUAGCCAUCAAUGCGGCGGUGCACAGCAAUGUGCCGGAGACCAAGCAAACGUUGGAUCGUCUCAUAAAGCGCAUCUCAAACGUGGAGCUGCGCAUUUCCUCGUACAUCUACAUUGGGCAGCUGAAGUCUGCGUAUUUGUUGGCCAACAAGCACGAACGGCUCGCGGACAUACGCAAAAUUCUGAGGCAGGCCGAGCUCACCAAUCAGAUACACAUCAAAAAGUUGUGCGAAAUGAAGUUGCAAAUGAAUUUGGGCACAAAUGUAGCGGCCUCCGCCUCAACGUCCGCCUCAUUGCCACUGUGAUAAAGUGAUAAAAAAUCCAACAGGCAAUAUCAAUUAUAUUUUACAUCAUUAGUGGCGCCCUUUUUGGGCUUAAUUUUAGUAGCUAACAAUUUACCCUUAGAACAAUUUUUAAAUGUUUCCAAAGCCCCGCAGCAAAAAGUAUUCUCUCAGCGCAAAAAAAAAACAGCUCAAAGACUUCCUUCCUUAAGUAACCAAA